GGGCGCGCGCCGCCAGUAUCAAGCCGACCGCACGCCGCGCAGGCGCACUCCGCGUUCGAAAUCUGCAAAGCGCGACUCGCAUUCGCUACCCCAGCGCCCCCACUAAGUUUACACGGACCGCUCGGGACACUAAAUGUCCACUGUCGGGUAGUGACUGUGCUCAACACCCGGUGCCCAUCUCCCCGAGAGGAUCUACCGAAAUAUACGGCCACAGAUAUCGUGAUGGCGCUAAUACUACAGUAUAUAAAUGAUAUGCAAGGCUUUAUGGACAAAUAUGGAGACCCUCGGACGAAUCAAUGGUUCCUGAUGAGCUCUCCAAUCCCUACAUUUUUAAUAUGUCUAAGUUAUGUUUAUCUAGUCAAGGUUUUAGGGCCCCGGUUUAUGGAAAAUAGAAAACCAUUUGAAUUAAAAAAUGUUCUAAUAGUAUACAACUUCUUACAAGUACUCUUCAGUGCAUGGUUAUUCUAUGAGAUCGGGGCCGCUGGCUGGUUUACAGGCAGGUAUAACUUUCACUGUCAGCCGGUCGACCACUCCAAACAUCCACAAACAAUGAGGAUGGUACACGCAUGUUGGUGGUAUUAUUUCUCAAAGUUUACGGAAUUUUUUGAUACGAUCUUCUUUGUGUUAAGAAAGAAAUUUGAUCACGUGUCUACUCUUCAUGUUAUCCACCACGGAGUGAUGCCAAUGUCUGUGUGGUUCGGUGUGAAGUUCACUCCGGGCGGACAUUCCACGUUCUUCGGCUUGUUGAACACUUUUGUACAUAUAAUUAUGUAUACUUACUACAUGUUGGCCGCGAUGGGACCUCAAAUGAGGAGGUACUUGUGGUGGAAGAAAUAUCUGACUACCCUACAAAUGGUGCAAUUCAUCGGUAUCAUGGUGCACGCGUUCCAGCUGCUGUUUAUCGACUGCGACUACCCGCGCGCCUUCGUCUGGUGGAUCGGCAUGCACGCUGUUAUGUUCUUCUUCUUAUUCAAAGACUUCUACAACCAGUCAUACUCCAAACCCAAGGUCCGUGCGAAGUCGCCGCAGCCGGUGACGACGGAAAUAAAGGAGGUAUACAAGAACGGUCUGAAGAACGGCUACACGAACGGCCAUACGAAUGGUGCCGGCGCGUUCGUGCGUGCGCGCACCGUGCUGCCCGCAGGCAACUGACCGCGGCGUCUUGUGACAGUGGACUUUAUAGUGUUAUUACCUCUAGUGUAGUGCAGACAUGGACCAAAGUUCAAUCGUAAGAAGACCCGGCCAGACUCAAACAUGCAGCUUCUCUCCGUUGAAGGAUGUAAGUAUAGAAUCUAAUCUGUUAGGAACGGAACGCACAUUACCUUGACAUUGAAAAAUUUUAAAAAUUCACAACGAUGUUGAUUUUUUAAUACCAUAUAAUAUUGUUUUUAUAAUUCAAAUUAACUACAAGACUUCUAAAGCACAAAUAUGAUAUAAUCUGUUGUAACACUUCAGUCAAUUAUAAGCCCAAGUUAUUUCAGGGUUAAUAUUCUUCAAUGUCAGGUUACAAAAGUAUACUCGAAAUGAUCGUUUUGGAGAUUGUAAACGAGCUUAAUGUGUUUGUAGUCCACAAGCCUGAGGUUGCAAUAAGCAUUAUUCCCCAUUGCCCGGGACGCUCACAGGAUAUAUUACUGUACAGUGUGUGUUCGUGUCGGGCCAAAGAUGGCGGAACUGUACGCCUGCGCGUUAGUCCUUUGCCGUUACUUUAAUGACUCUACAAUAUUCUAAUUAGCAUGAGAUUUUGUGUUUACAAUAUGCUAUUAGCAAGUUUACAGAUGUAUAUAUGUAUUUAAUGAGAUAAUCAAUGGUAAAUAUAACUAUAAGAAAUGUAAUUUUGUACUGUUAAAUGAAAAAUGUAGUUACAACUAUUUGUAUAAAAAGAAGUUGAAGCUGUAUAUUUUGGUCUAAGUAAAUUGUUGCAAAAUUGAAAUGUUUAUACUUCCUUUGUUGACAUAAAAUUUCAUGCUAAAAUAAAAAGACUAGAGUUGUUAGCAUUAAAUGUGAUUUUACCUAGUUGUAUAUAUUAGAAGGUAUCAAUGGUGUAAAUGUUAUUUUUAUCAAUACAAAUUUAGCUAGAUUUUGUGAUCGCAUAGCGUUUUGUACUUUUAUUACAUUUACAUAUGUUGCUUUUAAAUUAGACUCUGAAAAGACAAUACUUAUUGAUUCAGUUUGAGAAAAGGUGCUUUUUUAUGAUUCCCGUCGAUGUUCUAAAUUAUAUGUAAAAUAAGCACCUUGCCACAAUUGUUAAGAAAGAUCAUUGUAAAAAAUAUUAUUAAAAAAUUUACAGUUUAUAAAAUUAGCGUAAUUGUAAAAUAAUUUCAUAAUUAAUGCAAUUUAUCACAUGUAACUUUCGUUUUCUAAUGUUUAUUAUUGUUGAUAUUAAAAAAUAUUAUCGAAGGACAUUUUAAAAUUAAUUUUAAGUAAUUUUAAUCUGCAUACACAUUACAAAUAGGGCCAAUGUAUAAAAUGAAUUGAUAUGUAUAAAGUUUUAUAUGUUUUUUAAUUAUGGGAUUGUCUCCAAGUUUUUAUAAUAUUUGGUUAAACUACAGAAAUGUAUACAAAUGUUUGUUGCCUGUACACAUUGGCCCAUCAGAUGUGUUUGCAGUAAAACAGUAUUUUAAUUUUGCAUCAAAUGUUAAUAGGAAGUACUGUUUCAAUGCAAUUUAGAUUAUUGUCAUUACGACGGUUGUGUUGGUUAUUUAUUUUGUUUAAUUUAUAUUUUAUUUAUACCAAAUGUCUUUAUAUGGUACAGAUUCCUGUCCAAAAAGUGAAAUCAUAUUGGUUUGUUAAUCUAGGGAUGAUCAAUAUUAUAUGUACCAAUGUAUUUCAUUUAAAAAGUUUGAAAAAACCUCUUUAAUAGCUAUUGUCAUUGAAGUUAUAAUUUUUUUACUAUUUUCUUAUUUUUUUAAAACAUGGAUUGAUCAUCCCUACACAGAACCAUGCAGUUACAGUUCGCCUGCAAAGCAGUUAUCGCGGCGUUUUAUACUUACACAGACUUCUUAUUAUAGAAAAAUAUACAUUUUUGAAUUAAAAA